UGCUGCCAAAACGAUCUUCCUCGAAGGUUCGGAGGCUAGUCGCAUGCUAGCCAAUGAAGCGACGUGCGUUGGAGCCGUCGUUGAACUGUCCAUGCGGCUGAGCUUUGUAGUCCCUGGGUCGGUUGUCGGCCGCGCGAUCGUUCACACAGGGGCGCAUACAUGUGCAGGUUUCGGAGCCUUAUAAUCCACCGUACUCCACUGCGUUGUUGGAGUGUGGGGAAACCGAAUUUAUUCUACCAUCGACGACGACAAUAACAGCCUUGUUCACUUCUGGGGACAGUCGACAUCGACAUGUCCUCCAACAACCCCCGUGGGAGGCAGGCCAUAGACGUUUCCGCUGCUUUCACAGGCAUAGCGGCCGUCCUCGUCAUUCUUCGACUGUACACGCGGUUUUUCUUAAUAAGAUGUCCUGGUCUCGAGGAUUACAUGAUAACCAUCGCAAUGGCGUCUUCGAUCGGUCUAACCAUCUGCAUUGCUUUACAGGUCCAUUGGGGAAUGGGACAGCAUGUUACUGAGAUCGACCCGGACAACACUGUCAAAACUCUGAAAGCAUUCUGGGCUUCACUUAUCACAUAUAAUCUGGUCCUCACCACGACCAAGAUUUCUAUCUUACUACAAUAUCGAAGAGUCUUCACUACAAAAUGGGUUCAGAUCGCUUGCUGGGCCAACCUUGCCUUCGUAAUCGGCUUCAGUCUGUGGGCGAUGCUUGGGAGUAUAUUUGCAUGCGUUCCUGUGCAGGCAUUUUGGACAGAACAGCCAGGCGCGCGGUGCAUCAAUAAAUUCGCUAUGUUUUUCACCAACGCUGGAGUGAACAUCUUCCAGGACUUCCUGAUCUUCCUCCUACCCAUUCCAGUCGUACAGGGCCUAAACUUGAACAAGCGGCAGAAGAUAGCAUUGAUCGGCAUUUUCGCAGUCGGUGGCUUUGUAUGCAUUGUGUCAAUACUGCGAUUACAUUCUCUUGUCGCAAUUUCAGGAUCUCGGGAUCAGACUUACGACAACGCGCCUGCUGCAACAUGGAGCUCUGUGGAAGCCAACGUAGGGAUUAUCUGCUCUUGUCUACCGCUUAUGCGACCUCUCGCCACACGAUGGCUUCCAGGUGUCUUCUCGUCAAACAAGCGCAGCAUUCCAACAGGUGCACGCCCAUAUGCCACCAUCGGCACUUCUCGCACGAAGCGAAAUACGACCCGCAAUGAGUACGCGCUCGACUCUAGACCCCACUCGCGUCAGUCCGAUGCGGAUAUCCGUGAAAUAGUGGUCACAACAGACGUCCGAGUACAAGUAGAAGACGACGAGGGCAAUGUCAGUGGGUGGAGAACAGAUGUCUCGGGCAAAGAGUGGACGGAGAUUGCAAGCAGUAAAGACACCGAACGGGCAAACAGCAGUACGGACACGCUGGUCAAAGAACCU